AUGCCAGUGAAAUGUUGUUUCCACAGGUCAAACGCUGGGGAAACCAUGGCGUGGUCUGAGUCUGUGGAUACAGUACUAUCCAAUAAAGAGGGCCUGGCAGCUUUUCGGACAUUUUUGAAGUCUGAGUUCAGUGAGGAGAAUGUGGAGUUCUGGCUAGCCUGUGAAGACUUCAAGAAAACCAAAUCCUCCACUAAGAUUGCGUUGAAAGCCCAGAAGAUUUAUUCUGACUUUAUACAAGCUGAUGCUCCAAAGGAGAUUAAUAUUGACUUCCAUACCAAAAAUGACAUCUCCCAGAACAUCUCUGAGCCCACCCUCCGCUGCUUUGAUGCUGCUCAGAGCUCAAUCUACUGUCUCAUGGCAAAGGACUCUUUUCCCAGGUUUCUGAGGUCAGAAUUGUACAAGGAACUGGUGAAGAAGCACCAGGACAGAAAUCAGAAGAGAUGGCUCCCGUUUCUGUGA